AUGUUCCACCCAAAACAAUUGAAGCAAUUCGCAGCCCAAUGUCUGGCAGAACUAUUUGGCACGUUUCUUCUUAUCUUUAUUGGAAACUUAUCUGUGGCUCAGUUUAAGUUCACCAAACCAACGCCCAACAACAACAUUGGAGUGAAUCUAUCUUAUGCAACUGGAGUGUAUGUCGCAUUGAUGGUAGCUGGUCCUAUUUCAGGAGCUCAUGUCAAUCCGGCAGUUAGUCUUGGACUACUGGCACUUCGUAAACUGAAACUGCUGCAAUGUGUUAUGUAUAUUUUUGGUCAAAUAGUGGGUGCUUUCCUAGCCAGUGCUAUGGUUUAUCUCGUUUAUAUAAGCCAAUUUAAUCUCUACGACGGUGGUAUUCGACAACACGAAGGUCCAAAUGCAACAGCAGAUAUCUUCUAUACAGUACCAGCCGAAGGUGUACCCAAUUGGAAUUGUUUACUUGAUGCGAUUAUUGGUGCUAGCCUCUUGAUGAUAUUUAUCAUGGCACUUGGCAAUGAUUAUAAUUAUUUGAUAUCUAACGCGGCAAAACCAUUUUCUUUUGUUCUCAUGGUAACAACAUUUGGUUUUGCAAUGGGCCUCAAUUGCGGAAAUCCGAUCAAUCCUGUACGUGACUUUGGACCACGUCUAUUUGCAUCGAUCAUCUAUGGUCCGGGGGUUUUUCGUGCAAAUCACUACUAUUUUUGGAUCACAAUUGUUGGCCCAAUCAUUGGUGCACUGAUCGGUGUGUAUAUAUUCGAAGGUUAUUUAAUUCUCAUGAAGAAAUAUGCUAACCUGCCCGGUAUUACACAUAUCGAUGCUAUAGAACAACCUGACCAAGGAAAACAUCAUAAGAAAACACAUCCUGUUCACACGCAAGUCUCCUAUGAAAGUUUAGCAGAAUGCUUUGGAACAUUCAUGUUGAUUCUAAUUGGUGAAUCAGCUAUCGCUCAAUAUAAACUCUCGCAUCAAGGAAACCAUUCGACGAUCACAAUCAAUCUUGCAUUUGGCAUUGGCGUUUAUACAGCAAUCAUGAUUGCUGGACCUAUUAGUGGUGCACAUCUAAAUCCUGCUCUGAGUAUUUCACUGUUGACUGUGCGUAAACUGAAACCGGUACAAUGUCUAAUUUAUAUCAUCGGUCAAAUGAUUGGAGCAUUUCUUGGUGCAUUUGUUGUCUAUUAUCUGUACUGGAGUCUAUUUAAUCAAUUUGAUGGUGCCGAGCGACACGUCUCGGGUGUCCGGGGCACGGCUGAUAUAUUUUUCACUGUGCCAACCAGUGGUGUGCCAGAAUGGAAUUCAUUCUUUGAUCAAGUUAUUGGUACAGCAGUUCUAAUGAUUUUCGUUAUGGCUUUGAUAAACGAUGCUAAUCGCAUGAUUUCCGAAGUUGCUAAACCAUUUGCAUUUGUUCUCAUUAUUGUUGGAAUUACUUCGGCAUUCGCUGCGAACGCUGGUGCUGCAAUCAAUCCGGCUCGUGACUUAGGCCCACGUUUAUUUGCGGCGUUCGUCUACGGUUGGGAUGAAGUCUUCCGCGCACAUAAUUACUUCUUCUGGAUUCCGAUUGUUGGUCCCAUUGUUGGAGGGAUCAUCGGUGUUUGGUUAUACGAAGGAUUUUUCUCCAUUGUAAAACGUUAUGGAAACUUACCGAUAACAAAGAAUGAAUCAGGUGAAUCGUAUUCCAAGGUAAAAUGUAUCGAUGAUGAUGAUAAUGGCGUACUUACUCAUGAACUUACAACCAUUCGCACUUAA